CGGCGCCCAUGUCGCUGCUGAAGCCGCCCAAUCCCAUGGCCACCCAUCCGCCGCAGCCGCCCCUGCCGCGCCACCCCUUCCUGGGCUGCGAGCCCCUGGCGGAGAUGGAGGCGGAUAUGGACUCCGAUUCGGAGCAGGAGCGCCCGCCACUGGACGACGAGGAUGCCGCCAUCGAUGUGGAGGCGGAUGAGGAGCAGGAAUCCCAGGAAUCGCCAGGAAUCACAUCGAAGGGCAGCCUUUGCCUGGACAGCAAGGAGCAUCUCGGCCAGCACAAGGAGGCAGCUGCUCCUGCCGCGGACAAGUCCGCCAACCAAAAGGCCUACUGAGCCCAAAUCCAACCAAGUGGCUGCACGGGGCAGGAAAGCCUUCUAAGGGGAAAAUAUUGAAGAGUUCUAGAAAUUGUAUAUCAUGCUUUAAA